AUGCGGAGACAUGAUAUCGUGCGUGGUGCUCUGGAGAUCGACACAGAGGUCGGGCGCCUAGCUGACGACAUGGAAGCCGCCAAGCUGUACCGCCAGGAAACCAUUGAAUACGUCCAUCGCUGCCUCGGUCUCUCUGGCGAUGCGAGACAGCAUAACACUCCAGCCAACGAGAUCAUCGCUUUCUUCAAAAUCAUCGGCGACGCAGUGUGCGAGGCUUACGACCUCGAGCACAGAGAGCUUCUCUUCAGAGAAAUCGAGUUCUUCAUGGAAACUUCCGAGGUGGAGCAGCAGCGUCGCUUGAGUUCCGAGCUCCCAACGACGGAGGAAUACCUCGCCACCAGGAUGGGAACUGGCGCCGUCAACGUCUGCACGAUUCUUAACGAGGCUGCCUACGGAGUAUCUCUACCGGUCGAUAUCCUCAGAGACGUGCACAUGAAAGUCAUUUGGGACCAAACCAACAUCCUCGUCUGCGUCGUCAAUGAUUUGCUUUCGCUCAAGAAAGAAAUCGACCAGCAGAGCGUCGAGAGCAUCGUCCCGUUGCUCUACAACAAUGUUGGGUCUCUUGCCGCAGCGGUUUCCAUGGUCAUCGAAAUCAUCGAGAAAUCCAUCAAAGAAUUUGACAGUGCGGCGGCGCUGUUGUUGCUCAAGUUCGCAGACGAUGAGGCCUUGGUUUCGGACCUCAAGAUAUACAUCGAUGCCUGCAGGCUGAAUUGCACUGGCAACCUGAAUUGGAGCCUCCAGACGGGUCGCUACGGUGUAUCGCAGCAGACCAUCACUGGCGGAGUUACGAUGCGUUUGGGGUGA